AUGGACACGGACGCGGCUGCCAGGGCGGGGGCUCGGCAGGUGCCGCGCUCGGAGCUGCGGCAGCACCGCCCGUCCGACCCGCUGCUGCUGCUGCUGCUGCACCUGAGCGCACGGAUGGGCUCUCUCCGUGUUUAUCCAACAGCCCGGGGACGGCUGCUGUCUGAUCAGGGCAGCCUCACCUUCUCCAGUGCCAAUGGCUUCCUAGUAUUUGCUAGGGAUUUGUACCAUUUUUCACCAACAAUAACAGAAUUUUGUUCCUCUUUCAAAAUUAAUUUGACUUGUUCUUGGAAUGGCAGUUCUCAGCACCAAUGGUCUGUUCCAGCGUCUGCCCAGGGUCCCACAGGGGCUGCAGGGGCUGCAGGGCCCCCCCCUGCCACCAACGUGUCCAGCAACAAGCGGCUGCAGCAGACACAAGCCCAGGUGGACGAGGUGGUGGACAUCAUGAGGAUGAACGUGGACAAGGUGCUGGAAAGGGACCAGAAGCUGUCUGAGCUCGACAACCGGGCAGAUGCGUUGCAAGCAGGUGCCUCACAGUUUGAGACCAGUGCAGCCAAGCUGAAGAGGAAAUACUGGUGGAAAAAUUGCAAGAUGAUGAUCAUCCUCGGUGUAGUAUGUGCAGUCAUUCUCAUUAUAAUUAUAAUUUAUUUCUCCACUUGAAAAAGCAGAGAAGGAAGACUUGGCACACCUUUGUUCAUAUCAACCGAUGAUAUCAGUGUUCCUUUGUUGAACUCCGCUUUUUAAUUCCCG